AUGGCACAUGGACAAGCUCAGUCACUACCGUCACCGUAGCUCAUUGACAACACUACUCAUUUAUCGUCCUACCAACCCUACUCCGUUCUCUCGCAGACCGUAGGUUUGAAUGGCCAGAAAUGCAUAUCUUUGUCUAUUGCUGUGCAAAGUUUCAAUAUGGACCAAGUCAGCUGCAGAUCUUUCGCUUGUCAUAGCGUCUCUUGCGGCUGACUGAAGCUUGUCAGCCUCUUUCACUUUGUCAAGACGUUGCAUGACUCCAGAUAGUUGCCGCCGCUCUCUCCGAGCUACUUCCUAGCCCUACGAUGACGAAGCAAGGCGCAUCUUUUCCGAAUCCUGCAGGAGCCUUGCUUAGGUCGACACCCCUGCGCGGCUAUGAUUCCAGCAAUUCACUCGACAUCAAUACGUAUCUCAAUGCCACUUUGCGUCAAAGUUCAGAUAAUUUUCUUAUUACUUCAGGACCAUCUCUCUCUUUUUCCGACACAGCAUAUUCUCUUGAUGACAAUUCGCUUCUUGAACUGGCUACUCCCCCUCCACUUUCUGCUGCGAAGUUCCUUAGAACUCCUAUCCUCUCCACGUUGGAUCAGGUUGUAUCGUCUAACUCCUUCGAAUCUGAUAUCUUGAUCAGCAUUCCGACUCCUCCCCGAGUCAAAGCAAUGCUUAUGGAGCCUAUUUGCGUUAGUCAAUGGACCGAAAGACUCGAUGCUGAAGUUCCGCCUCAACAUUCUCCGUGGGAGGGCUAUGCUAACAGUGAAGACAAGACCGUGGCGCCUCCUUGGAUACCUGAUGGUUCUAUCUUUCCGCCGGAUGCCUUCGGUACUAUCCUUCGUCAUAGUCACCAUCGGCUCUUGAGUCCAGCGCCGACCUGGGGAGAGCUUGUGGCCUACCCUCAGCUCUCCGUAGAUGCACUUGCGGAUGAUCGGAGCGAAACCUCGACAGAUACACGUUCGCGUGAAGUAAUGACGGUGUCACCUCUACUGCCACGAGUUGGCUCGAAAUUCGGCCUUACCUCUCCUGGUUCUAGUUUUGCGGUACCCACCAUCAUGAUAUCCAACUCGGCUGCCAUGCUCCCGUUGUCGCUGGAAUCAUCGUACAGUUUAAUGUCGGCUUCUCCUCUGGCGGUCCGUCGAGGACAGAAUUUGCCUGCACCUCUGUCAAUAGUUUCCGGGAAGCCUCAGGACAGUGAUUAUGGGAAGGACAUGCCCUAUCCUGGCAUUCCGAGUCCUUUUCUCGGUGAUCAUACACCAACUUUUGAGUUCUCGGCUAGCACCAAGAUCGCACCCUUCGGUCUGGAUGCAAUGUGUGACGAUUUGCGUUCGCGCAUUCCUGCUAUCCGUCCAGAGAGUCUACAACUGGAGCUAGUUGACACUGUUUCAACAUCGUCUGAAACAACUGAAGACGAAAGAGACGAAUGGGCAUUUGCUAAUGGUCUGGAGACGAGUUUUGGCAAGACUUCCUCCGACAUCGAUGUCCAUAAAGCACCUCCUGUGGGCAACCUGAAAACAUUGGCUUCACCGAGAAAAGCUCAAGAUUCGCCCAAAGCCGAUUCUAGUGUUUUGCUUGCUGAGGAUACUCUCAGGGAUUCGACCAAUAACGAUUACUCUUCGAACUCGAUCUCGGAACCUAGGGAAAAUAUGCAGCGUACUUCCGUGCCGGACGCGGCCAAACUGCAGCGGCGUAGGACAGUCAUCAUCGAGACUCCAGAGGACGGCCCUCGGAGACGCACACGAGUAACUUUGGAUCUGUCGCAUCUAGCAGACUGCGGGGAAACGACCGUGGACGGUCAGGAUUCUGUUCCUUUCGAUCCGACCCCUCUUGAGCGACUCAGCCUCUCUCCUUUCGAUGUUACACAGUCCACACCCUCGAAGCGACCUCCCAGUAGCGCGACCUUACGACCUCCAGCGAAGGGAAUCCUGAAGGAGAAGAAGAGCGUGAGAUUUUCCGUAUUGCCUAGUAUGCACGAGUAUGUCUUGGAAGAUAAAGAGGUUGAAGAUGAAGAUAAGCCUUCAUCGCCUCCAGCACGCCCACCAACCCCCGUAGGUCGAAGGCUAUCAACAGCACCUAAAUCGAGUCUUCGACAAGGCUCUCCACCUCGUCAGAAUAUCAUACUAGAAUCAGCAGCUAAAGAUCAUCGAGUGAGCUUUCCGAAACAUCCAGGUGUCAAGUCGAUCUUCAAGGACUCUCCUCCUCACGGAAAGCGAGAGUCAGCUGCACUCAGUGUGAAGUUUGGUACACCGCCUGUCAACAAGCGACCUCCUCUACGACCAUUGAAUGGAAAACAGAGUCAACCGCCACCAGCGACUAGUCCUGCCAAAGGAGGCCGUUUCUCGAUGGUAAAGAAGGAUGUCAGUGAGCCGAAGAAGAUGAGACCUGCAGGUACCGUGUCCUUGCCACCGAAACCACGAAGCAGUCUCGCGCAGAACGAGAAUACGGCAAGCCGAGAAUCAACGUUACCCAGUCCUGAGAAGGCGCGAAGAGGAUCUGCGCCAGCGACGCCGAAGACUCGAAUGCCAUUCCGUUCGAUGUUUAUGAAGUUGAGGUCUGGAUAGAACAUUUAUAUCACAAUGUCUUUCGUGCAACUUGCGGUGCUUGGUUAAAUAUAUGUAGUGAAUGCUAAGUUACAGUACGUUCUACCCAACAGUAUGGUACAUCAUAUAAGUAUAUUAUAUUGCAUACGUUAUACGAGGUACUUCUUAGCACGCAGCGGCGGGCGAUUUAACGAAUGAAUAAAUUAGUAUGGGAGCAUAUAACAGGUGCACAAUGAGUAGAAUCUAAUGGAUGACUGCAUGUAGAGGAAAGACACUAUGAGUUGAUAUACAUCUAGCAUCUU